AGUCAAAACCAUGGAGGUGCCAAAAUCGACUCACUGGAGCAACAUUGUAAAGCAAAACCCUCCACCGCAAAACCCUAAUAAUCACCACCAUGAUCAGUCACAAUCGGCCGCUGCAGCUCUUGUCGGAAGCUGUAAGUCCACCAAAGGCAUUGCCGUCGCCGUGGUGGAUGCAAACGCCAUCAUACAAGGAGGAGAACAGCUUCACAACUCUGCCGACAAGUUUGUCUCCGUUUCCGAUGUUAUCCAGGAAGUACGGGACCCUACUUCUCGGCACCGCCUCAAUUUCCUACCGUUCACCGUCGACACCAUGGAACCUUCCCCUGAAUCACUUAAAAAAGUGGUAAGCUUUGCAAGAGCAACUGGAGAUCUACAAACACUCUCAGAUGUUGAUCUCAAACUCAUUGCUUUGACUCAUACCUUGGAGUCCCAAAUCCAUGGAACUAGCCAUCUUCGAGAUAUCCCUCCACCUAUUCGCACAGUUAAUGUAAAGAGGCUUCCUGAGAAAGAAUUACCAGGAUGGGGAUCCAAUGUGCCUAACUUAGCUCAAUGGGAAGCUUUAGAACACACAGUUGGAGAUGGAUCAGGACCCGAUUCAAGAAUCCUUCCUCUGAAAGAUCUGAACAUGAACAUUCUUCCUGGAGACAAAGAUCAAAGCAAUGAAGAUUCCACAUCAGCAAAUGGGUCUGAACCACAAUAUAAUGAGAAUCGAAAGUAUUUCCCUAAGAAGAAAGAGAUUGUUAUCGAAGGGAAAAAGAAUGUAGCAGAUGGGAUUGAUGCAUCUCAGGGGGAAUUUGAUGAUGAUACAGAUGAUUGGCUUCCUGCUGUUAGUCGAAGCACUCAUAGGAGGUUCUUAAGGAGGAAAGCUAGACGUGAAAUGUAUGAGUCAGCAACUGAAAAGGAUAUUCAAAAUGAUGCAAACUUGCAAAACCAAAAUGAAGACCAUACUGAUGAUACUAAAUGCCCGGAUCUGAUCGAUGAAAAUUCAGAAGAAAGAAACAAUGGCGAUGAAGAUCUUUCGACAGUUUUAGAUCAAAUGAGGCUUGAAGAAGAGUCUUUAAAAGCUUCUGAAAAUGAUGAGACUAAUUGGGUUGUUGUAGAUGAUGAAGAAAAGGAAACAGAAACCAUUAGUGAGAUGAAUGAAAGUGUUGAUGCAUCAUCAUUUGUUGAUGAUGAAAGCAGUGAGCAAAGCUGGAUGCUAAGAUCACUUUCUGAGUCAACUGUCGCGUGUGUCACUGCUGAUUUUGCAAUGCAAAAUGUUAUUUUACAGAUGGGCUUACGGUUAGUCGCGCCAGGUGGAAUGCAGAUACGUGAGCUUCACAGGUGGAUAUUGAAAUGUCAUGCAUGUUUUAAGGUGACAAUGGAAAUCGGUAGGAUUUUUUGUCCAAGUUGUGGGAAUGGAGGUACUUUAAGGAAAGUGGCUGUUACUGUUGGUGAAAACGGAACUAUUAUUGCAGGUCGUAGGCCACGUAUAUCGGUGCGCGGCACAAAGUUUUCUUUGCCUCUUCCACAAGGAGGAAGAGAUGCGAUAACAAAGAAUCCUAUUUUACGUGAGGAUCAACUUCCACAAAGGUUCAUGCAUCCCAAGAACAAGAAGAAGAACAAAGAGGCGGAUGAUAUUUUUGCUACAAAUGAAAUGUUUACUCAUCAUACGGAUAAGAAGGCGCCUUUGCAACCACCUGUGAGGAAAGCCAUGGCGGUUUUUAGUGGCAGGAGGAACCCUAAUGACAAUCACUAUUCUCGUGCUAAGCAUUAGACUUAUUUAUUUUUUCAUGGGUUUGUGUUUUAUUGCUUAAGUUUUUAUUGAGAAUUUGUUGAGUCACAUUGGUUGUUUUUGCUUAUUUAUAUGAAUGCAAUUUUGGUUUUAUUUUUUGUUACUAGCU